UUAUAAUUAUAUUCAAAUAUAAUUACAAACUAAGCGGGUUUGAGUUGAUUGGAUAUAUUUAUUAGUACACAAGUUUGGUCAUUAAUACUUUAAGAAUGUCUAUAUCAAUAAAAAAAACUAAAAAAAAUUAAAAAAAAUAAAAAAAAAUUAAUUAGUCACGAUUACAAUACUUGAUACCUUUAUAAAUAGUGUACAAAAUCAAAGUAAUAUUUAAAUUUAAAAAUAAAGAGUGUAGGAAUACAGGAGUAAGAUACUACUAUGAAGUAUAGCCGGCUUCAUGUUUUCUUGUCCUAAUCGAUACGAGCUAGGUUAUGUUCCAUAUCGAGCUAUAGAUAUUACAAACAUAUAUAAUACGAUAUACUACGAACGAAGUAUAAUUAAAUUAAUCUGCGCCAAAUUAAAAUGUUUAUAAUAUUCACGUCGAGUUUGGAUCGAGUUCUAAUAAAGUCAACUCGCAUGUUGCGUGUACGUGGCAAGAAAGUAGAAAAUGUCCAAAGCCCUUUACACGUGGGACAAUAAACGUAGGAGUAGUUAUAGUUGUGUCCCAAUUAAGAUGGUAAUUCUCGAUGCCAUGAGCCGUGAGAACUGUGAAAAGCUUGACCCUUACUCAUAUUAAGGCUCAAAUGGUAGAUGGCAUGGCUUGAUCCUUUGAAGAUUUAGAUCCGUUCAUUUACUUGGUGUAAAAAAAAACAAAAAAAAAAGAAAAUAAUACAUAUGUUGCAACUAAGACUCUAUAGGAAACUUUUAUUUUUUAUAAAUAAUAAUAAUGAAACAGAGGUAGUAAUAUAAAAUCAAGUCAAAUUGAUGCAUGAAUAACACAAAAGUCAAAUUGAUGCACUUAUUUAAAUAAAGAAGUAUAAAAGAAGCAUCAUCUAUAGAUAGCAAGUCUCGAGACUAGCUACUACUCCCUCUUUGUUUUAAUAAGUGUUACGGUUUGACCGGCACAUAGUUUUAGGCAAUUCAAUUGACUUAAAUAAAAUAAGAGGUAAGUGAAGUAGUUAGAGUAUUAAAAAAAAUAUAAAAGAAAGACAAUGAGGUGAAUAGUUCAUUGAAAAGUAAUGAAUGUGAGAAGAAGUAUAUAAUAAUAAUAAAAAAAAGUAAUAGUGGGUUUGGGUAGGGACCAUGAGAGGAGUGAGAUAUAAUAUUUAAAGGUAGCUUUUUGCCAAAAAAAGAAAGUGUAACACUUAUUAAAACACGGCCGGAUUUGAUCAGUGUAACAACACUUAUUAAAACACGGAGGGAGUAUGAGUAGUAAUUUUUUAUUUUUUUUUAUUUUUAUUUUUUAUUUUUAAGGUAAGAAGGAAGAACUGACCAAACAUCAACUCUCAUGAUUUUUUUUGAUUUAAUAUAUUUUUUAUUUUUCAUAUAUCUAUUUAAUGUAAAUGAAAAUAGAAAAGGUAAAAGAAGAGUGAAAAAAACAUAACCAAAAACAGAAGAGUGAGUAAUGCUAUGAAGUACUUCUUGUUGGAGUUUGAUUCUCAUUGGAUUUGUAGUACUCUUCAUCCACAAGGAGCAAUGUUCAAUCUACCGGAGGUGUGAAUUUUGUGGCAAGAACUUAUUAAGAGUUUAAAUGAUGAAAGAUAGUAAAGUCGAAGGGCGGUGAAAGAUGUUAGUGGUCUUCCAACAUAGAUAAGUUCCUUGUCGGAGACACAAACUUACGACUCCAGCCAUUAAAAGCGAUGAGUUAUAUGUUGAAAAUUGUUAGAGUUCGAUCGAAAUUGACGACGUUAAUUGUUUGUCGGUGCUCAACUAUUAUGAACUUGUAUACUGUUAUUAUUGGUUUGUUUACCGUUAUUCUUAUUUUGUAUACUGUUAUUACAUAGUUGAAUACUAUUAUUGAGAGGAGAGAGACUAGGUUUUUAUAGCAUAGUAAUCAUCACGUGAAAUUACAUUUUUACCCCCGAUAUAGGCCCAACAGUUUAUCACUACUCUAUACUCAAAGUCCAUAGAAAUUUGAAUUUUCUAUAAUAGGGGACGAGAGCUCGUCACCUACAGCUAGAUUAAAAACCCAUCACGCAAUUUGCACAAAAUUUAAAAAAAAAAAAAAAAAGAGUAAAAUAAAAUAAACCCAUUCUUCUUAUCAGACUCACUUUUCCAUUUCUGCAACAAAUUACAACAACUACUAGCCUUUAAAUACUUCAUUUUUUCAGCGCAUUUUAAUUUCUUCUCAUUUUUUUCAUAUCUCUUUUCGUUUUCCCCAGAUUUUAGUUGGAUUAUCCCAAGUGGUAUAAGCUUGCUAAACUGAAGAAAUAGCUAGUUGGUGAAGUAUUUUUGCUACUAUAUAUGGGCUGCUGCUAUUCGAAGAAAGUUGGUCGUGUUCCUGGAUACGAGGAUCCUGCCGUCCUUGCCUCUGUAACACCCUUCACUGAGAGUGAAGUAGAGGCCUUGUAUGAGUUAUUCAAGAAAUUGAGCAGCUCCAUUAUUGAUGACGGCCUAAUUCAUAAGGAAGAGUUCCGACUUGCGCUCUUUAGGAACAAUAAAAAGGAGAAUCUCUUUGCAGAUAGGAUCUUUGACUUAUUUGAUUUGAAACGCAAUGGUGUCAUUGACUUUGGAGAAUUUGUUCGGUCAUUGGGAGUAUUUCACCCAAAUUCACCAGUAAAGGAUAAGAUGGAAUUUGCUUUCAAACUGUAUGAUCUGAGACAAACUGGGUUUAUUGAGCGUGAAGAGUUGACGGAGAUGGUUCUGGCUCUGUUGCAUGAAUCAGAGUUGUUCCUCUCAGAUGAUGCUGUCGAGGCAAUUGUGGAUAAGACAUUUACUGAAGCAGAUUUGAAAGGUGACGGGAAGAUAGAUCGAGAAGAAUGGUGUGAAUUAGUAAAGACUUAUCCUUCAUUGCUAAAGAAUAUGACACUCCCAUAUUUGAAGGAUAUUACAUUAGCAUUUCCAAGCUUCAUUUUAACCUCAGAAGUUGAAGACAUAGAAGUGCCUUAGAAAGGAAAAAAGAGUACUGAUUGAUGGUUGAUGAAAGGCAUUUUGUGUCAAUUUAGUUUAUGUCUGGCUUUACUUCAGCCUUUUCUCCAAACUUUGAGGCGUGUUCCAACGACGAGUAAGGGUGAGCUGAUAUGAAGAACCCAACUAGAUCAGAUGGUUUACAGUGUUCAGAUCACACAGUGAAGCAACACCAAUGUUUCACCAAUUCACCCCUUGUGUACUGGAAAAAGAAAAAAACAGUGCAAACAGAACAUAUAUCAAUAUGUAACAUCUUAUACUUGCACUUGUACGUGUAGUAUCAUACCACAUCACAAUAAAGAACAUCCUUUUGAAAUGCUCA